CAAAGUUAGACCAAAUCUUCCGAAGCUCAAGUCAGAUCAGUCUCACUGUCACAGAAAUCCUCAGGCUCCAUUCUGGCUGUGUGCACACCCUCAGAGCUAGGGUUUAAACAAAAGCAGUGCCAGUACACUUAGCGCGUGCCAUGGCAAAACCAAGCCGAGGCCGUCCGGCUGCUCCAUCGCGGUCUCCUCGAUCUUCGUCGCGUUCGAGGUCGCCUUCUCGUUCCCGCUCCCCUGCAUCUCCCUCUCAAUCUAGGUCAAGGUCUCGGUCCUUCUCCGGCUCCGGUUCUCGCUCCCGUUCUAGGUCCUACUCUUCCUCCUCCUCUCAUUCUCGUAGCGGAAGUUCUCUCAGCCGUAGCCCGCCCAGGAGAAGCCCUGCUGAAGGAUCCAAGAGAGGUCGUUCACCAGCAACACAGCCAAAGAAAGCUUCCCCCCCUCCAAGGAAAGUUUCUCCCAUUCCAGAGUCCCUUGUACUACAUGUUGAGCAACUUAGUAGGAAUGUCAAUGAAAACCAUUUGAAAGAGAUAUUUGGUAACUUUGGUGAAGUUGUGCGUGUGCAGCUGGUAAUUGAUCGUGAGGUUAAUCUUCCUAAAGGAUAUGCAUAUGUUGAAUUCAAGAGUAGAGUUGAAGCAGAGAAAGCCUUGCUGUACAUGAAUGGAGCCCAGAUUGACGGAAAAGUUGUUCAUGCAAAGUUCACAUUAGCUGAGAGAAAGAAGACAUAUUCCCCUCCUAAGCCAUUGGCAACUUCUAAAAGAGAUGGUCCGAAGAAUGAUAGUGGUGCCACUAUCAAUCUUGAUAAAGAUGGUCCAAAACGGCCACGAGAGUUCUCUCCUCGCCGAAGACCUCUUUCCCCACAGCGAAGGAGAUCUCCAAUUGGACGAAGGGGAUCUCCUAGGCGAAACCUUGGUUCUCCUCUACGUCGAUCUCCUGCUCGUCGCCGAAGUUCUCCUUCUAGGCGCGUUGACUCUCCACCUCAAAGACGCAGACGGACAUCUCCGCCGCCGAGAGGUCGUUCACCCACUCCGCCAAGGCGUUACCGGUCACCGCCUAGAAGAACUCGUGGAAGUCCUGUUCGGAGACAAUCUCCACCAAAGAGACGUUCACCUAGACGAGCUUACUCUCCUCCCAGAAGAUCUCCAAUUGGGCGUAGACGUAGCCGUUCCCCUAUAAGAAGGCCUAUUCGUUCACGCUCAAGAUCUAUUUCUCCUAGAAGGCCAAGAGCUCCACUUUCCCGACGUGGAAGGUCAUCAUCCUAUUCCUCAUCGCCCAGUGGACAAAAGGGACCUCGCAGAGCAUCUAGGAGUCGCAGCCCUAGAAGGCCAGUGAAAGGAAGGAGCCCCAGUAGCAGCAGUAGUAGCCAGUCUCCCCCACCACCACGGAAACCCUAGACUGGUAGCUUGUGUAUUAGUUGCUAAAUCGCUCAUUUGAUCCGUAGUAACUUGACGGAUAGUUAAAUCCAUCUCAUUUUAUACUGUUAAGUUUGUCACUAUGACUAUCUAUGCCAUGUGAGCUUGAUGGUUGGACUGUAAUGUGCGUAUGGCUCGACUAUCAUUUGUCUUCGACGUUAUGUUUUGGAAGUGAUUUGUUGGGUCCUGAACGGUGAGAUAUAGUCACUUGCAAAUAUAUUUGUAUUUCAAGUUUAUUGGAUGAGAUAGAAUGUUUUUAAUGAGACUGAAUUUUCUAGCUUGUUUGGUGUAAACUUAUAUGAUUGAUAUGAUAUUUGUUUUAUGUGUAUUUUAUAGUGGUUGAAA